AUGGCCCAGGAUCCACCCACCAUCACCCGCCGCCUUCCACUCGCCGCCUCCUCCAUCUCCCCGACCUCCUCGACCUCCAGCCGUCUCGUCCCAAGUGAGGGCCUCCUUCAGGGCCGCCGUUUGGUGGAGCCGCCGAAUGCAUGCUCGUCCGGUGACGCCCAACCUUGUCGUCGAACAGUCAGCGACCGUCGACCGCAUCAGCAACGCGCCGCCGGUAGCCGUCUCGUUCUUCGCUCUCGUCUGCCAUCCUGUCCUCGUCUCGACAAACUUCCCAACGAAGUGCUUCUCCAGAUCCUCGGCUUUCUCGAUGUCAACGAUCUGCUGUCGACGUCCAGGACCAGCCAUCUAUUCCGCUCCCUCUCCCUCGCGCCCAUCCUCCACCAGUACCGCCUCCGCCGCACCCGCCACCUGCUCCCCCCGCUGCUGUCGUCACCCUCGCGCCCCUCGGUCGCGGAUCUCAUGGCCCAACACAUCUUUCUGACCCACACCUCCGUCGUCUCACGUCGCCUCUCUCGCUCGCUCGUCUCCAUACGUCUGGGACGCCGCCUCGCCGCAAGGCCCGAUCCAGCCGCCCUCGUCGACCGCUCCCUCCUGCCCAAGGAGUGUGUACCCGGCCUGACCGCCGUUCACGUAUCGCCUGCCUUGCUCGCCAAGCGCAAGGCGGUCGAGAUGGAGCGCGUCAAGGACGGCCUUCGCCGUUGGGUCGCCGCCACGUGGACGCGCGAGGUUCACGAGCGGGAGGAGGGCGUGAGGCGACUGGAGGAGAGCCGGGGCGUCGGCCGCGUAUGGCGCCUGAGGAGGUUUUGGGAGCGUGUGAGCAAGGGUGUCGCUCUCGCUCAAGCACAGACGGCAUGA